AUGCGGAUAUCCAAGAUCUCGCAAGAAACCGCACGAAUAUUUAGUGCCCUAUCCCCGAAUGCUCGCGUCGGUCGCACGACAAGGAGUUCCAAACGACCGGCUUCCUUUGCGCUUCCCUCGUCCAUCUUCGCCCAGGUCGCCAUCCUCUUUGGACGGACGACGCCAUGGUGUCUCGCCAACGGCAACAGCAACGCAGACGACGACGAAGGAGGCCGAGCGUUGGGAAUCGCCACGACGAUACCUCUCCUAGGCCCUGCUUUUGGCCCCAUCAUCGGAGGCAUUCCCGUACAGGCCGCCGGAUGGCGGUGGCUUUUCUGGACAUCUGCCCUGCCAGAGAUUGAACAACAAUACCCGCUAGGGCGAAGCAGGACCAUCGGCAACCGAAGGCAGGUCGGGUAUUCCAGGCAGGCGAAGAGAAGGACGGUAUGCGAUCAGCGUCAAGAGACAGAGGCACCUGAAGAGGAAGAAGCAUAA